AUAUUGUUUUUGUUAAUUUUUAAGAACGAUUACUCCAUUAAUUAGCUUUUCUAUAUUCUUUUUUAUUUUUAGAUAACUGAGUAAAAAUACUGCUUUUUAAUAAGUUGUAUUUCUAAAUAAUUGACUAUAUAUUUAAAAUGCAAAAAAUUGCCUCCCCCACCUGUUAUGUGGGCUCAGAGAAAAGAUAUUUUAUUUGUUACUAUCUGUCUAGAAGAUUGCAAAGAUCCUAUUAUUAACAUCGAACCACAAAUGAUAUAUUUUAAAGGAAUAGGUGGAACAGAACAAAAAAUGCAUGAAGUAACAAUUAACCUAUAUGAAGAAAUUACCCCAAAUAGAACAAUUCAGAACUUAAGAGGAAGGACUUUAGAAUUAGUUCUUUUUAAAAAAGAAGAAGGUCCAUAUUGGCCAAGAUUAACAAAAGAAAAGACGAAAGCCCAUUGGUUAAAAAGUGAUUUUAACAAAUGGAAGGAUGAAGAUGAUAGCGAUGAUGAAGGUGGCAUGGAAGGAAGUAGUCACGAUUUAGAAGAAAUGAUGCGACAGAUGGGUGGUCUAGGAGGAUCUGGAGACAGUAAACCAAACUUUGAUGAUUUAGACGAACUAGGAGAUGAAGGUGAAGGAAUGGAUAGUGACGAUGAUGAUUUGCCUGACCUGCUUGAAUGAAAAUAUUAUGAUGCUACUUUAAAAUAAUCUUCAUUAAAAAAGUAAAACAUACAAAAACAAAUGGCGACUUACGUGCACCAUCAGGCAAUAUUUCAAUAGGCCAUGCUAUUUGUAUUUUCAUUAAAUUUGCUAAUGGCCCACAUUGCAGUAGCAGACAAAUAAGGUGCACAAGAAAUUGUCAACAUAACAGAAUACAGUGAUCAAGAGAAAAAAAAACAGUAAUAUUCUUUUUAAAGAUUUUCCAAUCCUUCUUUACUUCGUAAUUCAUAAUGCUAAGUUAUAAUGAACAAUCCUUUUUUAAUAAUAAUUACUUGUGUAUAAUAUGAAGGAGAUAAAAUAAUGAAAAUGACCUAAA